AUGGGAUUCAAUACAUCAGACACCCCUCGGCCCAAGCUGGGAGAUGUUCCCUAUGGAACGAAGAUUUUCAACUGCAAAGUGGAAAAUACGCUUGCACUCACGUACGAUGACGGUCCUCGAGAGUGGACAGCGGAUUUGUUGGACAUCUUGAAAGCCAACGGCGUCAAAGCGACAUUUUAUAUCAGGACAAUCAACCUGUACUGGGAGCUGAUAGCUCACAAGUUCGAUGAGAGGUCUGCGCUUAUCAGAAGAAUAUACAACGAAGGACACCAAAUCGCGGGACAUACCUGGGGCCACAAGAACUUGGAUAAGAUGACUCCGCAGCAACGCAGAGACGAACAGAUAAAAGCAGAGAUUGUUCUCAAUGACAUUCUGGGCUUCUUCCCAACUUACAUGCGCCCGCCGUUCAACAUCUGUGGCCCUCAAUGCCAGGAAGAGAUGGGAGAGCUCGGUUACCAUGUGACUGCAGCCGAUCUCGAUGGACGGGACUGGGAAGGUAAUUACACCUACACGGAACAGAACUUCAUGGAGAAGAUCAAGGGCAAGAACCGUAACGGGGUCCGGGCCUGGUUAGGCCUGGCGCACGACACCCACGAAGGAACCGUGCAUAGAUACACACAGUUCAUGAUUGACAACGCACGGGCGCAUGGAUACAAGCUGGUGCGAGUAGGGGAAUGCUUGGAUGACCCGGAGGAGAACUGGCCUAUAUUGCGACCAACACCACAAUGCUCGAUCCACGCCAUCCGGAGCUUCUCCAUAAGCACACAACUACAGAAGAAGGCCGGCAAAGCGAACAAAGCCCAUGCGCGAACCGAUUCCUCACCACCCGUCAGCAACCCGGGUCCGCUCACACCUACCGACGAAGCCUACGAUGUCUCGGGCUUGGAGGCACAGAUCCUCAAGGCCCUAGAGAAGCUUACGCAUGAUCUCAGUCAGUUGCGCAGUGGGGGAAAGACGAACCCUGAAAUCGUGGAGAACUUGAAAGUGCAACUGGGCACGGCAGGAAACAAAGAGACCGUGAGACUGGGUGAUAUCGCGCAGGUUGUGCCCAGAGGGAGAAUGUUCAAUGUCAUCUGCGGGGAAGACACGCACGUCAAGCACGUUACCUCCGCCAUCGCCGCCUCACCGCACUCACUCACACCUCUUACACCCGAACCCUCCAACCCACUCACGAUCCAAGUCCCGCUCCCUCCGCCAACAGGAGAAUCGCGUCGCGCAGCCGUCGAGUCGGCCGUCAAAGCUUCUGAGCGAGCAGACAAGCUGAUACAGCAAGGGCGUCAGGAACACAACAAGAAGCUGAGGAAAUUCGAGCUGAAUCGCGAUGUGCUACCGGAUGACCUGCAAAAGGCGAAGAAGAAAAUGGAGGAGGUGGUCAAGAAGGGACACGAGGAGGUUAAGCGCAUCAGCGAUGGCGCGAAGAGGGUGCUUGAGAGUCAGUAA